CGGCCCGAGCGGCCUCCACACCUGGCACCUCCACUCUCUCCCCUCGCCCGCAACCGCAGGAAGAGACGAGGACGACAAGGGCGCGAGGUGGCGUCGCCGUCGAAGCAGAAACCCUAGCAGCUGCUCGUCCGUCGCGCCGCUCUCCUCCCUAUCGGGGCUGGGUGGGAAACGCGCGGCUAUGCUCGUCGCGUCGGCGCGGCGGCUGUCCGCCGCAGCCUCGUCCUCCUUCUCUUCUUCCAUGCGCGCCAGCCAGCUCGCCGCCGCGCUGAACCCGCAGAGGUGGAUUCACGACCGGAACAAGAAGGCGAUGGAGCUGGUGGCCAAGGGGUGGAGCGCGCUCCAGGAGGUGGAUCGCGUCAUCGACUACGCCGACCGCAACGACAAGCGCCUCAUCCCGCUUCUCAGGGGUGCUAAGGAGAACUUUGAGCUGGCUCUGGAGAUCGACAACAAUAAUACUCAUGCGAGGUAUUGGUUGGGCAAGAUGCAUUUCAAGUAUCAUGUUCCCGGAGCUUGUAAGGCGAUUGGUGCUGCUUUGUUGGUUGAAGCUGCAAAUAUGGGUGAUCCGGAUGCACAGUAUGAACUUGGGUGUCGACUAAGAAUUGAGAAUGACUACGUUCAGUCAGAUCAACAGGCUUUCCAUUACAUUGAGCAAGCUGUUGACCAGCUGCACCCUGGCGCUUUAUAUCUCCUAGGUGCUGUAUAUCUAACUGGGGACUGUGUUAAGAGGAAUAUAGCUUCUGCAAUGUGGUGUUUCCAUAGAGCUUCAGAAAAGGGACAUGCUGGAGCUGCCAUUGCAUAUGGAUCCCUGCUUCUUAAAGGUGCUGAAGUACCUGAAGUGAUUACCAGGUUAAACUCAGGUAAGAGUCCAUCAACUGGGAAGGUACGGAAAAGGACCAUACAGCAGGACCCUAUAAAGCUAGCAAAGGAGCAGUUUCAAAUUGCAGCUGAGGCGGGAUGCGAUCUCGGUUUGCGAUGGUUGAAGAGGCUUGGUGAUUAUGAGAAACAAGAAGAAAAGCUAAAGCAAAUCCAGCAGUGACCUCCACCUAAAGAAUCUCACUGCAUUUGUCCUUGAUGUAUAUUGUAAUACGUUUGUUGCUGCACACAGAUAUACCUUCAAGCCGCACCUACCGUUCAGAAUAUAGAAAGCUGUUUGAUUCUAGGAUUUUAAGCUGAACUGAACUUGUAGGCAAAGACAAGCUGAAAUUUUGAUCUCCAGACUAACAGGUUGAACUCUAGGAUUCUGAGAAUUCGUCAUUUGUAAUUUCCUCCCCUAAUCUAUAACUCAUAUCACUUGUUCCUGAAUUGGUCGAUGAAAGUCAGAUACCUUAGAAGAAAUAAAGUGUUGUUGCAAGGCCUUAUAGGUGACCUUGAGCA